CUCUCCUUAUUAUCCAACAUGUUUGCUUAUCCAACGUUCUGCCGGCCCGUUUAUGUUGGAUAAGUGAGACUCUACUGUAUAUGGUAACUGAUUAGCUCAACUCCUGUCUUGUACUUUCCUUUUCCCCCCAGCCCAUUUGUCUCUGAUACAGAUAUCAAGUUACUUACUAUAUGAAUUAAUUUAUAACUAUCAUGGAAGCAAAACAAUGUGAAACUUCUAUCAAAGUUUAAACUUUACUUGUAUGUCAAGACCCAACUAUAACAUAUUUGGGCAUAAGCAAAAUAUUAUUAGCCACAUUUCCCCCGUAAUUACAUAUACAUGUGAACAGCUCUCCCACAACUUAUGAAUAUUGCCUUUAACAAUGUUAUACAGUAUCCAUUAUUUAGUACAAUGCUGCACUAAAGUAUUCAUCUGUUUGUUUGUUUAUACCAUUCUCUUCAGCCAAAAAGGCUCGCAGCGCAGCUCAUAAAUAUUAAUCUGACUAUUUCCUACCCUCAGGCUUUAACAACCAAAUCUUUGAUAAGACAGAGGGCAGAGAAAGACAGAGAGAGAAAGUGUAGGAAUGGGGAAGGAGAUAAAGAACUCUGUAUUUGCCUAGGGGCAGAUUAAUUUGGGGGCUAUGAACUCUACCCAUCGAAUUUGCACAAACACAGUAAGGUUCCCAAUUAAUGUGAAUGCUGCAACUAUGCAGAAAGAGCGAAUGCGGAGGUGAAGUGUGAGUGCAGCAUGUCUUUCUCGUUUGGAGUUGCUUCUAUAAGGAAGUUCUCAGCUCUAUUUCCUCUCUCUCUCUCCUCUCUGCACCAUUAAAACAGGAAGCUGAGUGAGCGGCAGCUGCUGAACACUACACACAGACAGCUCUGAGAUCUCAACAUACUUGCUGGCUGGCUGAUUAUUGUUAUCAUAAAUUAAAAGUUGCUUGUAUUGGGCAGGUGGAGUGUUUGGCCUAUGAGGCAUGGAUCAGUGCUGGUACCAUGGGACCAUCACACGUUCAAGAGCUGAAGACCUCCUCUCUAAAGUGGGAAAGGAUGGGAGCUUCCUUGUGCGGGCCAGUGAGUCCAUCUCUUCGGCAUUUGCCCUCUGCUUGCUGUAUCGGAAGUGUGUUUAUACUUACAGGAUACUUCCGAAUAAAGAAGAUAAGCUGGUUAUCCAGGCAUCGGAGGGUGUUCCAGUGCAGUACUUCAACAACUUGGAUGAAGUCAUAGAGUUUUACAAGAAAGAGAAUAUGGGACUAGUCCGGAGCCUUAAAUACCCAGUUCCACGGGAAGAGGAAGAGGCAACAGAUGAGCUUGAAGAUGAUAAAGAUUCUAUGUCUAUGCCACCUAUGUUACCCCCACGUAUUUCAGUGCCAUCUCUGACAAAUGAGGCAGUAGAAGAUCACUUCUUGGAUGACUAUGUCCAGAUGACACAAGUGAGCAAACCAUCCCUUUCUGAGAUUCUGCUCCAGCGAUUGCAGCAACAGGAUACCAGCAGUAUUCCAGAAGAGCACCUCAGACUCAUUCAGGAUUAUCUGAGAGUGCAUAUGAUCAGUGAUCUUGAAACAGCACAGCAAGGAUCUUGGAAUCUACCUCAGUUGAAGAAAUUGCUUUCGGGACUCUGCAAAGGCCUUUUCAGUGAGGUUUCCCGGAUUCUUCCUUCUCUGGAGUCCAUGCAAACAGUAUUUGACCAGCAACUCUCCUCUGGCAUGCACCGACACUCUCAGCCAUCUUAUGAAGCCAACCGUACAAAACUUACUCAGUUGACAAGUGUACUUGCUUCCAUUGAAGACAAGGUGAAAAAAAUGUUGGUUGAAGGACCUGACUCAACACAUCGACGUUCACUUAUCCCUCCUGUAACCUUUGAGGUGAAAGCAGACUCCCUUGGGAUUUCUCCCAAAAUACAUCUUAAAGUGGAUGUUGAGAUGGGAAAACUCAUUAUCAAAAAAGCUAAGGAUGGGCCUGAAGACAAGUUUUUUACUCACAAAAGAAUCCUACAGCUCAUCAAGUCUCAGAAGUUCCCGAACAAGUUGGUGAUCGUACUGGAGACAGAAAAAGAGAAAACUCAGAGGAAAGAAUAUGUGUUUGCUGACUCUAAGAAGAGAGAAGGCUUCUGCCAACUUCUUCAGCAAAUGAAGAAUAAACAUUCUGAACAACCAGAGCCUGACAUGAUCACUAUCUUCAUUGGGACCUGGAACAUGGGUGAUGCUCCUCCACCAAAGAAGAUCAGCUCCUGGUUUCUUUCCAAGGGUCAAGGAAAGACCCGGGAUGACACUGCAGAUUACAUUCCCCAUGACAUCUAUGUGAUUGGGACACAAGAGGACUCCCUGGGAGAGAGAGAAUGGCAAGAGAUACUAAGACAAUCCUUACAAACCAUUACCAGUAUCAGCUUCAAGGUGAUAGCAAUUCACACACUGUGGAACAUCAGGAUUGUUGUCUUGGCCAAACCAGAGCAUGAGAAUCGUAUAAGCCACCUCUGUAUUGACAAUGUGAAGACUGGAAUUGCAAACAGACUGGGUAACAAAGGUGCUGUUGGAGUGUCCUUCAUGUUUAAUGGAACUUCCUUUGGCUUUGUGAACAGCCAUUUGACUUCAGGAAGUGAAAAGAAACAGAGGCGAAACCAGAACUUCACCAGUAUUCUGCGCUUCCUGUCACUCGGAGACAAGAAGUUGAAUCCAUUUAACAUCACUCACCGCUUUACCCAUCUCUUCUGGCUGGGAGACUUGAAUUACCGCUUGGAGUUACCCCCAACGGAAGCAGAGAAUAUCAUUCAGAAGAUCAAACAGCAACAGUAUAUGGAACUGCUGAAUUUCGACCAACUCCUCAUAGAAAAGAAAGAUCGAAAGGUGUUUCUGCAGUUUGAGGAGGAAGAAAUAACAUUUGCCCCAACCUAUCGCUUUGAAAGGCACACCCGGGAGAACUACGUCUACACCAAGCAGAAAGCAACAGGGAUGAAAUACAAUUUGCCAUCCUGGUGCGAUCGAGUGCUCUGGAAAUCAUAUCCCCUCGUACAUGUGGUGUGUCAGUCUUAUGGAUGUGCCACCGAUAUCAUGACAAGUGACCACAGCCCUGUCUUUGCCACAUUUGAGGUUGCUGUUACCUCACAGUUUGUUUCAAAGAACGAUAAUAAAUGCACAGACUCUUCAGGACAGAUUGAAUUCCUACACUGCAGUGCCACGCUCAAGACAAAAUCACAGACAAAAUUCUACAUUGAAUUCCACUCCAGCUGCUUAGAAAGCUUUGUAAAGAGCAAAGAGGGAGAAAAUGAGGAAGGAAAUGAGGGAGAACUGGUGGUAACGUUUGUUGAAGCCCUUCCUAAGCUUACACCAAUUAUUUCAGAUCCAGAGUAUUUACUGGACCAACAUAUUCUGAUCAGCAUUAAAUCAUCAGAUAGUGAUGAAUCUUACGGUGAAGGUUGCAUUGCCCUUCGAAGUGGAGCUACUGAAUCCCAAGUGCCUAUCCAAACUAUAUUAACACACCAUGGAGAAAUUACUGGCAUUUUCCAAGGGGAAUUUAAAUUACAAACAUCCCAAGGGAAACAGAGAGAAAAACUAUAUGAUUUUGUAAAGAUUGAACGGGAUGAGACUUCUGGACAAAAAACAGUGAAGGGCUGUGUAGACUGUAUCACAGAGUGGGAGCAGACGAAUAGGGCUGCUUUGUCCAACAGAAAAUCUACUCACUUGGUGGCCAAAGAAGCAGCAGCUAUUGCUCGUUUUCGAGGAACUCCCGCAGUGUCUUUGGAUGAGCCGUGCAAAGAAGAACUCUUACGCAGUACAGCUGUCACAGAUAUCAACAAUCCCAGCUACGUACGGGUUCCCUCUGCCUCUCAAUCAUUCCCUGCAACAGGUCAGCUUAAACAGAUUCCUUCACCAGACCAAGUACCUGCCUUCUGGAGUUAUGAUCCACAAUCAAAAGACAGCUCUUCUCUGAUGAGUCUAGAAUCUCCCACCACACCAUCGAGUCUGUCACCAGGGUCUCCAAGAGCACCCACUCAAACAACAACCAAACGAAAAGAUCAGCUAUAUUCUGAGGUGAGAAAAAGCAUGACAGAACCCUUGCUACUUGAAGAAGCAUUCUCAAAACCAGAAAUGAUUGACAACCCACUUUAUGACUUUGGAAAAUCCAAGGAUAAGCUACAGUCUAAGAGGGAACAGGAAUUCUUCAAGGCGAUACGAAAAGAACUCCCAGUUCUUCCUGAACAGAGCUUUCCUUUCACCAACUUACAGGAGGGAGAUGCCAUCAAGUCUUCUAUCAAGCAACAAUCUUCUCUGCCUUUCCCAGCCCCUGCACCCAGAUUUCGGUCAUACACUUGUUCCAACCAGUCUGAAGAAAAGACUGCAUUGAUUGAAAAGACUCAGAACAGGCAGAGACCCUGUGCCAGUUCAGAACCUGGGGUACCAGCAUUCAAGAAACCUGUCAAAUUUUCAAGAUCUGAAGUAGGACAAAGUAAACCCCCUCUUCCAUCAAAAAGCCAGUUAGUACUUGACAUGCAGAACCUCAAAGGGCGUGAUUAUCGAGAGUGUUCAGAACUUCCACACAAUAGAAAGCACCAAAGUGAAGAUGUGGCUAUUAGCAGGACCAUUGUGCCGUGAAUAGAAACAUCAGAGACAAUGAGAUCCAUGGAAGAGUCCUGGAGGGAGUCAACAUAAACAUUUCCCAGAGUUUAUGUUAAUAUCAUCUGGUCUGCUGCGCAAAAUAGUGAAUGCGCCUAUGUUCAUCAAUAAAUACAUUUCCUGAAAUCUAACACAGAACUAAUAUAGGCUGAAAUUCAACUAAGCAUCAGAAACCAGAUUCUUGCACUGAAAUUUUAGCAGGGUUUUAUUUUUUAAAGAAAGGAGAUUGAAAAUAUUUUUGGUACAAACGGUGGGAAUGGGAUAUAACAUAAUCUAGAUUCAUUUUUUUUAGAUUCCAGAAAAUAAUCCAGUUUUAUAGCAUUGAUUUAUUCAGCAGAGAAGUGUGAAGGGGAAAUAAAGAUUGUUCAACUCAUAUUUUAACAAGGACAAGACCAAAGAACUAUGGAUUUUCUGAAUUUAUAAAUGGGUGUCCCUUGGCAACAUAAUCCACCAUCUGAUCCACCUCAAAUGCCAUAUUUAUUCAAAUCUAAUGCACACCUUUUUAAGCUAAAUUACAUUGCCAACAUUGAGGUGUGCUUUAGAUUUCAUGGUACAUUAGAAUCAUGCACGUAAACCCACCUACGCCACUGGGUAUCCUGGCUGGGGAUAGAGGAUGAAGAAGUGACUGGCUGCGAAAACAAGUGGAAUCUGGUGGUGACCAUGAAAAGGCUAAUGGGAAACUGUGCCCCUUCAUCAGGCCUGAUGGGAAGUUUUCCAACAGGCUUUUCCCAACCACCACCACCAUGCAUUAUAUUCAACACCAAAUCCUUUUUUUAUACUGCACACCUUCAAAAUUGAGAUGUGCAUUACAUUCGAUGGCACAUUAUGCUCAAGUAAGUACAGUAAUUAUGUAAAUCCCAGAUUGAUAACAUGCAGUAGAAUCAGUCCCAGGUACUUCUAAGGAUUGGAUGAUGUUGAUUAUCUCAUCUGAAGUUCUGUUUGGAGGACUUUGUUUAUCAUCUUCAGGUGCAAGUAUGAAGUAAAUACAAAUGAUCACUAAAGUCAGUCAGUCUUUUUUUAAACUUAUAUUUUGCUUCCCAAGCAAAAUAUCUUACAGCAGAGGUAACCAAAAAGCGUUUUUCCAAACAAUGUUGUACUACAACUCUCAGUAUUCGUCAUCAUUAGUAGCAUUUGUAAUAGAUUAAUGUUGGCUUCAUUUGAUGUUUAAUUUUCGUUUGAUUUUUUUGUGUGUGUUAAUUUGUGAUUUUUAUCCUCAGUUUUGCUAUAGAGUUGUACUAUUUAUAAUGCCAUCUUUGCUGCUUUCCCAUGUUGCUGAAAUUUUAAAUAGCAUUAAUUCCUUUAAAAUUAAAUAAAACUAAUUAUAAUAA